AUGUCGCAUGCUCAGAACUCGCAAACAUCGGCGUCGGCCACAACAGGUCGAAGUGGAGGGUCAGUAGCCGCACAGAACAUCGGUGAUAAAGUCGGCGGGGCACUUCACGUUGCGCACGGUGCUGGAGAAGGCAUCAGGGGAAACAUCAACGCCUUCAUGGACAAUGUUGGCGAGCAGAUCGCAGGACGCGGAGGGGAAGGGUGUGCCAAGGCCGAAUCACGGAGUCAAGACCCCAAGGCAGUGGCGGCAAAUGGCGCCGACGAGCUCCAGGCUGGGAUGAACGACCUGAAGAAGAAGUAG